AACUAUGGACGCAACUAAUUUUUAUAACGACAAACCUGAAGUUGCCGAAAAGUUUGAAUAUAUGGAAGAUAUUAGUCAGGUCACGGUAGCGUCAAGUAUUCAAUCGCAACAAACUAAACAUUAUUUAGCUAAGAGUGGUGGAACACAGAAACGUGCGUUCGUACCAACAGUGCCAAAGCCUUUCAAAUUUCAUACUGAAUCGCGGGCCAACUCUCGUAAUAAAGAAAAUUCCCCCAAAUCACCAUUUAUUCCUUUAGCUCUCAGUGUGAAACAAUUUUUAGAAAAUCCGACCAGAUUCGAUACUAAGUCUAGUAAAGUACGUUCAAAUACCUUAACUGUACCGAAAUCUCCGUUCUUGCGUACUAAAUAUAGGUCUAAAUCCACUACUAUAUUGCCUACAGAAGAACGCGAAAUAAGUGAAAUGAGAGGUUAUAGAUUCAAGGCUAAUCAAUUAGAUCAAUUAGAUCGAAAGAUCUUUGAAAAUAGGAAUUGCGGAAUAUCAAAAGUACAAAAGCCAAAGCCGACUGAACCAUAUUCACCGGCCAUAACGAAACCUAAGCCACCAAGAACAAAGGACCAGUCUAUCACAUUAUUUGUCACCAAUAACGCUGAUAAAACAGUGUGUCUUGCUACAUUUAAAGCUUUUCGAUUCUUUAUACGAACGGAUCAAAUUGUUAAUUGUCGAUUAGUUGUAUUUUUUUUAGGAAAUAAAGUGCUGUCGCCUUAAUACGUUUCAUUUGAUAAUUAGCGUCUAUUUAUUAAAUAUUGUUAUACCCUAU